GCGCAGCUCUUAGCUCAAAUUAAUGGCAGCAACGUAACUACUACUGAUAUAGAUAAUGACAUUGAUGAUGAAAUGAGAACAAUAGAUGAUUGGUUGAGGAAGUUGCUGACAGAGAUCUUCACUGAUAAUGCUAGAUUGAGAAAACAGGUGAAUACUAUUAUCCGUUAUGCUCUCAAAAUAGACAUUUCUUCUGAGAAAGAUGAUGCGGCCGCUCCUUCAAUACCAAUUAUACAAAAUAAGUUUUCAGAUAGAUAAAAAACCGGGGUGAAUAUUGUUACUUUUUUCCAUAUGCAGUAUAUGUGGCACCCCUCGUCACAAUUACGCUCUCUAGGUAAUCAAGUAAUUUUGUUUCAAAGAGUUAAUUGUCCAACACGAUGUUUGCCCUUGUAAUUAUGUUGCCCUAUAUGUAUGCAAGUAUUCAGAAAUCUUAGUUUCCACAGAAUUGUAUUUUUCUUGCGCAAUGGACGUGAAUAGCAUGUAGUAUGUAGAAAACAAUGAGAACCACGAC